CGUACGCCUCGCUUUAGUUUCGUCUUCCUCGCUGCUCUUUUCUCCAUUCAAAGCUCCAAGCCCCUUCUCCACCCCCACCCUAGCACAUCCUCCUCGACCGACGCCAUGGUGUCGCCCUACCGAGCUCAUUCCGAAGUCCACGACCCGAUGCUGGACAUGGUCUUCCAGGCGGCAUCCGACAACGACCUCCCCCGCUUAAAGUCGCUGGUCGUGAUGCUGGACUUGGGCAGGGGCCGCCCCAAGAAGGUGAUUGAGGACUUGAGGGUGGAAGACGAUCCCAAGCUUGAAGGUUUCAGCGCGCUGCACAUCGCGGCCAGGGGGAGCCUGGAGGUGUGCAGGUACCUCGUCGAGGAGCUGCUGGUGGAUGUGGAUCUGGUCGACAAGGAAGGUAGAACACCUCUGUUUUUUGCAACAUACUGCAAUGGGGGUACUGCUGAGUAUCUUCUUGAUCAUGGAGCUAAUCCAGACAAAGCCGAUAACAAUGGGGGUUUCCUGUUACAUUAUGCUGCUGAAAUAGGUAGUUGUGAAAUGGUAGAGCUUUUGCUUGCAAAAGGAGCUUACGUUGACCCGGUAUGUGCUCGUGGAACACCACUUCAUAUUGCUGCUGGUGGAGGGCAGUAUGGUGCUAUGAAGAUUUUAUUGGACCACAGUGCAGAUUACAACAAGAUGGUAGAUGGUGUGACACCUCUUAUGGCUGCUAAAGAUGCCAACUCAACGGAAUGUAUCAAGCUCCUAGUUAAGGUUCAGAAGGAGCCUAUGCUUAAACGAGAAAUCACGGCAUCAGAGCUUAUAUCACUAGGGAGUAUCUCUUUAAAGAAAAAAGAUUAUGUUGUCGCAGCAAAAUUGUACAGUCAGGCAAUGCAGCUUGAUCCUGGUGAUGCAGUCUUGCUCUCAGACAGGAGCCUUUGUUGGCUUCACAUGGGAUAUGGAAGAAAGGCUUUGCUAGAUGCUAAUCAAUGCAGAAAAAUGCGGCCUCUCUGGCCAAAAGCUUGUCGCCGGCAGGGUGAAGCUCUGAUGCUACUGAAGGACUAUGAGGGUGCAAGUGAACGGUUCUUGGAUGGACUCAAAUUGGACCCAGUGGACACUGCUAUCGAGGAUGCAUUACGGGAAGCUAUGAAGUCCUUGAUGACGUCUCGGAGCACGAAAGCCAAUUGACUAUUUGCGUGUCGCAGGGAAAUCAGCUGAAGACUUGAAACGGGUCAGGAGUUUCUCCAUUUUGCGCAAAGACCGAUUUCCUUUAGAAAGUAAAGCGACGUGUCUCAUGGCCUGAUGAGAGUGUAUUACCGUCGGCAUGUUUUGUAUGAGCAUGACUGUUGAUGCUUGCAGUAGUACCCCGCGGAAACUCGUCAGUUGCCAUCUAUCUGUCGUGUAUUACAGGCUCUUAUGUCAGGUAUUUGGGUCUUCUGAAGCUCACUCGUCUGCCGCUCCUGGUGCAGCGUCCCCGAAUGAUCGCAGCCUCUGCAUUUGUCUUGUUGCGGUUUUGCUGAAUUGCCUCCUGGCUCUGUAGUGUUUUAACUACUCAACGAUGGUACAAUGUAGUGAAGAUGGAGAUAUCUUGUGUAGGUUUUCUUCGUCCUGUGGGUGCAUAAUUAGAGGAGCGUGAUGUAGGCUAAGUUUUGGUAGCUGCUAUCCCGUCUUGUUUUCCUGACUUCAGCUGGUUGCUGUGUGGGCUCAAUGGCAUUAGGGCUCGAGCCCUGGUGACUUUCUGAUAUUGUGUCAUGUGGCAUAUUUUUAUUUGUUUUUCCCCAGAAAAUAAUAAUUCUGUUAUUUUAAAA